AUCUCCGCCAUUUUUCCUCAAGGAAAUCUACAUAUAGGGCUUUAUUUUUCUUCAAAAAUGUAAAACGUCGUGGAAUUGGUGGGGUGGUUGUUACGUUUGUCUGUUGCUAUAGAUAAUGAGUGAAGUUGAGAUGAGAGAAAAUCUAGAAUCCGACUUCGGUGAGCUUGGAAAAAAAUGGAUUAACUGGCGAUUAAGAGAGCUGAGGGAAUUUAGGAGUAUAUUUUCAAAGCACCUCUCGGAACACGUUUAUAAAUGUUUUGAGCUGCAUUUGGAGCCAAAUCUGAAAGCCGUGAUAAACGAAGAGAAAUGCCAACGGACGAUUUUUUCUCCUUUGGAGUAUUUCGUUUGUGGAGAGGACCCCAAGACUGGCUUUCAAAAAUUGCAAAGUAUGAAUUCGCCUUCCCAACUGUGUGGAAAAGUGUUUAAAGUUGGAGAGCCGACUUAUUCAUGCAGAGACUGCGGUUAUGACAGUACUUGCGUUUUAUGUAUCAACUGCUUUCAGAAGAGCAUCCACAAAAACCAUCACUACAAGAUGAACACGUCAGGUGGGGGUGGAUUUUGUGACUGUGGUGAUGCUGAAGCAUGGAAAGAUGGGGUGGCCUGCACAACACAUCAAAGUAUGGGAGAUGCUGAAAUGGAAGAGAAUCCAGUUGACAAGAUUCCACCAGAUAUAGCUGAUCGAGGUGCUGAUAUCUACAAUGUUGUGUUAAACUACUGUGUUGAUCUUAUCUGCUGGGACAAGGAUGAUGAACUCCCAGAUUACUUAGAUGUAAUUUGUAAUGAUGACAAUUUUGUCACAAUGUUAUUUAAUGAUGAAGUUCAUACCUAUGAUGAGGUCAUACAAACUCUACAGCAAGCAAUACCUGAAUGCACACAACACCAAGCAUUAGCUUUUGCAAAUACCGUGGAUAGAGAGGGAAGAUCAAUUGUGAGGAAAGGAAGCUACAGUCAGUGUGAAAUGUCCAGAAAAAUUAUAAAGCAGGGUACUUCAGGACCAAGUCGGAAGCCACUGAAGUGUCGCGUGAUGCAUACUAAAGUCAUUGCUCACCAGAUGUGUGCUGUUCAUAUGCUUACCUGGUUGAAUAAGAUUACCAAUUAUUCGGAUGGUCUGCGAAGGAUUCUCUGUAACGCUGUGCUUGUACGGAGGGAUGACUGUGAUCUUCUAAGCAGAGUGUUAUUGUCUGACUCCUCCUUGUGGAAAGUUGCUAGGGCCCAUACCCACAAGCUGUUUAUGAACACAAUGUUGAUGGAUUCCCUGGGAAAGAGAGCAUUUGCCAUUCAUUUUACCAAGCAUUACAGUCAGAUCCAAAAAGACUUUGUUGAGGAUGAUCACGAACAUGCUGUUUCAGUUACAUCUUUAUCAGUUCAACUUUACACUGUUCCAACAAUAGCAAGGAUGCUGAUAUUAGAACAUGAUGUAUUGGAAGUGAUUCUUAAUGCAUUCAUGGAGCAGUUGAGGCCGGCUUUGAACAAUCAAGGAACCUUUGAGUUUCGGAAGCAUUCCCUCAGCAGGUCCUAUUUUAUGGUCAUAGACCUCAAGUAUAUUCUGCUGCACAAACCCACAGAAUGGACCGAGGAACUUAGAGGGAAGUUUAUCAAGUUUUUAGACAAAUUCUUCGGUCUUCUCAAGUGUAUGCAGGGAAUGGAUAUGACGACCCGUAAAACAGGUCGACACGUGGAGAUAGAGCCUGACUGGGAGGCAGCGUUCAACUUGCAAAUGCGAAUGAUGCCUGUCUACUCGCUGGUUUAUGAGUGGUGCUUCAGUGAUGUACUAAUAUUUCGCACAGCCAUCCUUGAAUCUAUCAAAACACUUCUUGAGUCGAGAAAGAAACAAGAGGAGGUAGUCAUGAAAGCUUUGCAAGUGUCUACUCGUGCUAUGAGAGUAUUUCGGUAUGAUGUGGCAUCUUCACCCAUUUCUGUUCACUUGCCUGUCUCUAGAUUUUUAGCGGGUCUUCUUCUUGCCUGUGAAAAAUUUGAACUGUCGUUUUGGGAUCUUUUUGGAUUCGAAACUCAGGACGACAGGCUUAAGCUGUUUCUAAUAGAGUAUCCUCUUCGUACUCUCGCUAUGGCAGCACAAGUCCAUGCUGGACUCUGGCGAAGAAACGGUUACGCUGUGAUGCAUCAGGUAUACAACUAUUUGCAUGUAAAAUGCCGUGCAGACAUGUACGACAAGGAUGUGACAAUGCUCCAGGUUGUUGCUUCGUUUUUGGACAGCGAUUAUUUGUUAGUUGCCAUGUUGGACAAGUUUGAUCUCAUGGCUUGGUCAAGGUUCGACUUUGAUGAAAGCAAAUAUGACCAGGGGAAGCUGACUCAGAUUUUGACGAUUUCCGAAUCAUUCUUGUCCUUGCUUAUAGCCAUUGUGGGUGAGCGCUACAUACCUGGUGUGGGCCGUGUGUCAGCGGGCGAGUUCAUGAGACGUGAAAUCAUACACAAACUGUGCCUACGUCCCAUGACCCAUAGCGAGCUCAUAAAAAAUCUUCCUCUUUUCGACAAUGAACUGGAGGAUGAAGAAGGCGUGGACGGGAUCAUCGAAUCUGUGUCAAUAUUUAAAAAACCUGGAGUUACAGGGCGAGGAUUGUAUGAACUGAAACCAGAUUGUCUUAAGGAGUACAAUCCAUUCUUCUAUCACUACACACGGGUAGAGCAGUCCAAGGCUGAAGAACAGCAGCGUAAAAGAGGGAAAAGUGAACGAGAAGUUAGGGGGGAUCACCCACCAAUCCCUCCUGAGUUUUGCACACCCUUUAAAAGUGUGUUGAACUUGCUGACCAGUAAGAUGCUUGUGGGACUAAUGAACACGCUUCUCCAGCGAGCGCAGUCUGCUCAAGCCAGAGCUGUUACUGAUUUGCUUGUGCAACAAGUUCUUCAUCUAAUUUGUCUUGCUCUUCACGAAGAAAAAAGGCAUAGAAUGAAUAACAAGGCAGACGAAUUUAACUUUAUUUCCGUGGCAACUUCCCAAGGAGACCAUUCUCAAAGUCUUCUAACAACACUGGAUAAAUUGCAAAACUGUAAACUUCCUGAGGAACAUGCUAGGCAGUUGGUCUGGAUCUUAAAGACUUUCCACGAGGAGCUUGAGGCGCGUCUAGGAAAGCCCCAAGGGGUGGGUAUAGUUCAGCGCACUCGAUUCGAGAGGAGUGUUUCACAGGAAGAAGAGAAGGCCAAGAGAGCUCGGCUUGCCCAGGAGAGGAGAGCUAAAAUCAUGGCGCAGAUGUCUGCUUUACAGAGAUCGUUUAUCAAAGAAAACGCCGCUUUACUAGCAUCAAUGGAAAAUGAAGAGUGCAACACAGCGGAGUCGACAAUCGCAGAAGUCAGCGAAGUCGUUUUACGUGAAGAGCCCGUUGUACUUGGAGUCCAGCGGUGUCAGAAAGGAGUGCGAACGACACAUUAUGCAACCGAGCCUUGCAUUUUGUGCCAAGAACAGCAAGAGGUCAGUAGUGACGGACGAGCCUUAGUUAUAGCCUCUUUUGUCCAGCGGUCGACUGUGCUGUCCCGAUCCCGUGGCAAAAUGUUCGAGAACGGUGACGAUCUAGACCCCCUUUACACCCCAGGGGACAACUACUGGGGAGUCCAUGUUAGCAGCUGCGGUCACAUGAUGCAUAGCGACUGCUGGCAAGGAUUCUACCAAUCUGUGGUGGUCAAGGAGAGAAGAGCCAUGCGUAUGGGACAGUAUUUCAGUGUAGAUGUCUCUAGAAGAGAGUAUCUCUGUCCAUUGUGCGGCUGUAUCAGUAACACAGUUCUACCCGUGGUGCCUGCGCUGUUCGACUGUCGGGGAGAUGGAGUUGAAGAGGUGACAAUCCCAGAAUUUUUAAGCGGUAUGCAAGAAUUGGUCUCGUCGAAUCUCAAGCUGUUAUCACAUGAAGAACUAAAAAAAAAGAAGGAAGGAACAUCACCAGUUUCAGAAAGAUUCCAAGCAGUAUUUCAAAAUCUUCUGAAAACUGGAACGAAGUUUUCCAAUGAUUUGAAAGAAAUGAUGCGGGUCUUCUCACAGUCUUGUUUCACGGUUGGAUUGGGAGUUGAUCCUAAUGACGACGACAAACGUGUUCCCCUGUUGGUCUGGGAAGCAUGUGCAUAUACCAUACAAAGUGGAGAGAGUGCUUUAAGAGUGGAAGGCAAGCCUCUUUUCUCUGGUCUUACAUCUCGCCAGUUUCAGUGUAUGGCAGCGUUAACUCGCCAAGCUUCAGUUGUAUCAGGAGUAUUUUCAAACAAGGCCGUUCAGAGGCACUGUCUGCGGUUAUUAUCUGUCCUAACACCCGACGCGGUUCCUGGCACUGCAGGUCCGUCUCUCCUGGAGCUGGACCUUUUCAGUUUAAUGGUAAAGCUCCGCCUGGUUCUACCGAGCAUGUUGUAUCAGGAGUCUAGUGAUGGUGGUUCGUCGCCCGUUUUGAAGAGCAUUGUGGGUCUGAAUUCUCCCGUGACAAUGGAUCAGUGUGUUUUUCAGCUCACACUGAUGGCGCGUAUUGUGCAAAUACUGCUCUGCACGUCACCUGAUCUUCCAGAUGCUGACAACGAGGGGGAACCAAUGGACCAGGAGGGGCCACUUCAAGACGAGGCUGUUAAGUUAGCCGCCGUGUGGGGUAAACUGAAGCACUGGGCCGGUUCCCAGUCCAUUACUCCACAUCCUAUGCCAAAGGAGCUUCUCAGACACGUGUCAACGCAGUUGUUACCAUUCCUGCGCUGUUCGGCUCUCUUCUUUCAUUUCCUGACUGAUGUUCCAGGACCGUCUCUAUUGAAAGAUUCCCACCGACCAUCGUUGACCGAGGAGAUCGAGUGCUUGAGCCGAUACCUUACAGUGCCCACAGACAUGACGCACUUACUGCAGUGGAAUCAAGACAGGUCUUAUGUUAGUUCGUCUACUAUCUCCACCACCAUCAAAAGGUGGUGCAGCCACGAACACGUCAGGAAAACUUUGUCUACUGCGGGAGUUGAAUUGCUCGGGUAUUCUAUUGAACCCAAUCAUUUGCUGAAGAUUCCUGUGGACUACAGCGAGUUAAUCAACCAAGCUUCAAUGUUUACCUGCCCAAAUUCUGACGGUGAUGAUAGUCGUGCGCCAGCAUUAUGUUUGAUCUGCGGCGAGAUGCUUUGCUCUCAAAGCUACUGCUGCCAAACGGAAAUCGAGGGAGACAAAGUCGGUGCAUGUGCUGCGCAUGCCCGAAAAUGUGGUGCAGGAGUUGGUGUGUUUUUACGCGUGCGUGAGUGUCAUAUCCUAUUGAUGGCCAAUAAGAACAAAGGAUGUUUUUACUCGCCUCCUUAUUUGGAUGCAUACGGCGAGACCGACCAAGGACUGAGGAGGGGUAACCCACUGUAUCUUUGCCCUGAUCGAUAUCGUAAACUGGAGAAACUAUGGCAAACUCACUCAGUGGCUGAGGAAGUCGCGCACUGCCUGGAAUCUAAUAGAAACUUGUUAUCAAUCGACUGGACAAAUCUGUGAAAGAGCCUGGUCGCCAAUGGCUGAUUGAGCGAACCCUUGGAUUUAAAAUUCGAUGUUUCCCUUUGGUUUUGUAUUACCACCUGGGACAUUUAAACUUCGAUGAACUAUGACUACAUGGUUUCUACCGCUAUUUACCUCAUCCCAAUUACUCAAAUUCCGACUACUCAGCGUAUACAAUGAUGAGAAUGCUGAGAUUCGCUCAAAGGAAAAGAGGAAAGUUGUACACCCAUAGGGAAACCAACAUUAUAAGACUUUGUCAGGAAAUCUCUGUUUCCUUCUCUUGUCGCUCAUCCGUCUUAAGAAGAACUCGUCUUACGAGCAAAUCUACAACGGUGAUUGCUUGUCUGUGAAUAACAAGCUUUUAACGUGUAACCAUCAUAUAGUAAUGGUUUACCUCUCUUAACGACCCCUUAGCGUCAUUAUUGGCCCCCCCUUUUGUCUUGAUAGCUUGCUGAACCCUUAGUACUGCAUGGUACCUGUAUGUCACAUAAAUCGAAUCACUGAUCCGUGCAAAAUUCGCUUCUUUGUUGUCGCUUAGCGCUUAGACACUGAUUAACCAAUCGAAAACUGACAACUUGAUGCACGGAAAGUGAUCAAAUUCGGUCGUCUGCGUCGGGUGGAGAUGAUUUUUACAGAGGUAUUUUUUUUAGUAUAAUUUAAUCUGUAUUUGCGCUUACAGAACUGCAAUAAUUGUAUGCAAUAUCCGUUGUAACCUGCCUAGUGGGUUCAGUGAGGGAAAUUUAAGUGUUUCGAUUUUGGUAAUGAAGGUGUAAGUAAAUUUCACUUUGAUUAUGAAAAGGUUGAAUUGUA